AUGCUGCGCAGCUGGCCGGGUCAGGGGCGCCGGCUGCACCAGAAGUCCUCCUCACCUCCUAGCAGCCCCUCAGGCAACUGGGGGGGUAACGGCAAGAAGGGCGGUGGCGGCGACUGGAAGGGAGAUGGCAAGAAGGACGAGGGCAAAAAGGACGACGGCAAGAAGGACCCCAACCAGUGCUGGAACAGCCGCGGCCGGCUGGCGCCGGCUGCAGCGGUCACCGGAGCGUUCGGCCAGGCUGCGAUCAGCACAGGAGACCUCGCUGGUGACACUCCAGGAGACGUCCCUGCUCCAGCACCAGUGGCAGCUACCGUGCAGGAUUCCUCAGCAGCGCUCGAUCUCAGCGCAGACUCUCCUGUGGAAACAUCUCCUCCUGUCCCUGCCCCAGCUCCUGCCCUGCCAAGAGCGCCUGCCAAGGCCCCUGCCAAGGCGCCGGCACGCCCCAAGGCACCGGCCCUUGCUCCAGCCAGGGCACCCAGCAAGGCCCCCAGCAGCAAGGCUCCCAGCAGGGCACCAGCACCCAAGCCAGUUGCGCGCACCACCUCCCUCCAGUCCAGCGCCCCAUCCCAGGCGCGCAGCUGCUUUGCUCCCGCUCCGGGGCCGGCCACAACAGGCAGCGGCAACACGACGGCGGACAUAACAAAUGUGAUCCAGGCGCGGGCGGGAGUGUUCACGCGCGCCAACACGCUGUUCCUGGCCGGUGUGUCAUCGCGCGUUGACUGGACCGCUGAUCUGGCGGAGCGCGGCAAGCGCACCGGCCGCUUCCGCCUCGACUACUUCCUCAGCGCCUCCUUCAACCAGAGCGACCCCUCCGGCAGCGCCUGGCUCGGCAACCCCCAGGCGGUGAUAUGGGGGGUCAAGGACGGCGCAGCGAACGAGACCAGCAUGGUGGCAAUCCUGUCGGAGCCGCGCUACAACGCCUCAGGAGACACGCUCAGCUUUGCGGUGCAGCCGGUGACGGAGGCAGCUUCCCUGAAGCUGAGUGAAGGCACGGCCAACGCUGCCCUGUUGGGCGACCCAGCCAGCCGCCUCAACAGCACUACCGUGGGGCUCAUCUUGAAGGACAUUGUCAUCUACAUCGAUGACUCCACUGGGGAUGGUCCAGAACAGGCAGCCAGGCAGAAGACAUCGUUGGUGGGAAUUGGGCCUUGGGGCAAUGCCUGGAACCCCUGCUGGGGCGUGGGGAGACAGGGCGUCUGGCGGGACGACAGGGUCCGCAGCAACUACUUUGGAUGCGGCUCAGGCAUUCGGUUUGGGUGA